CAGACCGAGAAACUGAAACUGAUGUGUUUUUUGCUUUCGUUUUCUUCCCCUCUCUCAUGCUGGUUGCUGAAUAAGACUGAGUUACUCACUAGGCAUGGCUUCCCAGCCUCAGGGGGGAAAAACGGUUUUAGACAUCCGGACCUGGGAGCAGACAUUUCAAGAGCUGAUGCAGCAGGAGAAACCCCGGGCCAGAUGGACCCUGAAGCUGGAUGAGAAACUGGAGCCGGACUGCCUCGCCGAAGGCUGGAAACAGUACCAGCAGAAAGGAUUUGGCAGGUUCCAGUGUUCCUCAUGCCGGCGAAAUUGGGCUUCUGCUCAAGUGCAUAUCCUCUGUCACAUGCACCUGGAGCCCCAGAAGUCCCAGGGCCAGGUGAUUAUGCGGCUCUUUGCUCAGAGGUGCCAGAAGUGUUCCUGGUCUCGAUUUGAGAAUCCUGAGUUCUCCCCAGAGAGUGCCAUGCGAAUCCUGAAAAACGUGGUGCGGCGUAUUCUGGAGAAAUUCUACGGGAACGGCUUUAGGAAGUUUCCGGAGCUACCAAUCAUCCGGGAGGUGCCUUUGGAUGGGUCCCAUGACACAAAAAAUUGUGAAGCAUGCACUCUGGGCUGCUGUUCAUGGAGGUCACGAAACAACGAGACAGAGCCAUCAAUAUCCCCAUCCUCCUCUAUGGAUAUUAGGAGUUCCUCUUGUCACAUUGGUGACAUGUCUGGCCAAAACCAGGAGUAUGGGUCUAACUAUAACUUUAAGGAGUCAGGGCCCAGCCAUACCACUGCUGAGACCCAAGCUCCUGAAGCAGGCACUCAGCCCAAAGGGGAGACUAGUAGACAGCCCACCCCAAUGGCAGAUAGGCAGGCCAUACAGGAAAAUUCACAAUCCACACAGGAGACAGCACCACAGACCCCCUGGAGGACAUACUCUGAGGUUUUAAGGAUGGCCCACCAACAGUCUACACAGCAGUCAUUCUCACAAGCCACAUGGACCAUGUCAAGGAUAAUCUCGAGGUCUACAAUAGAGUCAUACCCUCAGACUAGAGGAAGAACAGCCCCCUCUACACUAGGGUCACACCUACAGCUUACACGGAGGACAGCUAGGGGGCUCGUGAUCCUCAGUAGAACUCAAGCUACCUGGAGACGUUCACCCAGAUACUCCAUUCCAAACACCCAUCACAUAUACCCUCAUUCAGUGCAACGAGAUGUAUUCUUUGACCUGGAUAUAUUUUUCUACUUCUGCGUCUGUAUUAUUUUAUUCCUUGUCUUUGUAGGCAAAUAUUCAGAAGCAGAAAAAGGGAAAUAAGUUUAUCUUCUUUUCUUCUGUUUUAAUUCCAUGGUAAUCAAUGAACUGGUUACCAUUUACUUUUAUUUUUAUUUUUUAAAGAUUUUGUUUAUUUAUUUAUUUGACAGCAAAAGAGGGAACACAAGCAGGGGGAGUGGGAGAGGGAGAAGCAGGCCUCCCGCAGAGCAGGGAGCCCAAUACGGGGCUCAAUCCCAGGACCCUGGGAUCAGGACCUGAGCCGAAGGCAGACACUUAACGACUGAGCCACCCAGGCACCCCAAGAACUGGUUACCAUUUUAAUAUGACACAGAAUAUGCUUUGAGACCAAGUAGGGUCAAGUUCUUAAGAAUAAACACUGGUUUCCUAGAUCUCCUUAGCAGAUAAUCUAAAACAUAACCUAGAAGAUAAUGGACCAAUAAUAAAUAUUUGUUGAAUCACUAAAAGCUCUUCAUUCAUUCAUCCACUCAUUCAUUUCUCUCUCUCUUUAUCUAUAUCUUGACAUGUCUUCACAAGAACUGAGGGUCAUGAGUGUUAUCAGAGAAUUAUUGUGGUAGGCAGAAUAGUGGCCCCCCAAAGAUAUCCAUUCCCUAUUUCCCAGAACCUGUGCAUAUGUUAAUUUACAUGGAAAAAAGACUUUACAGAUGUGAUUAAUUUAAGGAUCUUGAGAUGAGGAGCUUAUCCUACAUUAUCAGGAUGGACCCAAUGUAAUUACAAUGGUCCUCAUAGGAGGGAGACAAGAGUGUCAAAGGGGGAAAAAGGAAAUUUAAUGAUGACAGCAGAGCUUGGAAUGAUGGGCUUGGAAGAUGGAGGAAGUGGCCAUGAGUCAAGGAAUGCAGACACCUCUUAGAAGCUCAUAAAGAUAAAGAAACAGAUUUCCCCUCAGAGACUCCAGGAGGAACCAGCUCUGCGGACACAGGACCUCAGCCCAGUGAGACUGAUUUUAGACUUUGGACCUCCAGAACUGUAAGAUAAUAAAUUUGUGUUGUUUUAAGGCACUAAAUUUGUGGUAAUUUGUUAAACUAAAAUAGGAAAGUAAUACAGCUAUCAAUAUCACCCCAAGGAUCAGGCAAUUAUGUUUUAGGUAUGCUUCAGUUUUAACCGAAAAAGAGAGAUUAGAAAUAUUGAUAUGCCGGUCCCCUCUUAGUCUUCCUUCUCCCCUACUUAGAUCUACCCAAAUGACCCUGUCCAGAAGAGACUCCCUUUGAUUUGGUGACCCCUGGAGCUAUCCUAUUCUUUCACUUCUUCCAGCACUGGAUGAGGAAACAUGCAAGAGCUUGCCAAUCCUGAAAUAGUAUGAUGCAUGGCUGCAACGUUCAGUCCUGCCGGACAUUUCUACAUGCCUCUCAAACCACAGUCACCAUGUUUAAAACCAAGCUCAUCAGCAUCUCUGAUUUCCCAGUCCUAAUUUGACUCAGUCACCCAAGCUGAUCACCUUAGAGCCAUCUUUAAUUUCUUCUCCCUGUCACCUACACUUACUGUCCCUUGUGUUGUCAAGUUAUCCACUCUCUUCCUAUCAGCCCCUCUCCCCAACCAGUCU